AUGUACAAGCGCAAGUUUUGGUUCGAAGAGAACGAUUAUGACGUCCCUGAAUCUUAUUUCUACCACACCGGCGAGAAGAUUCAGCUCAAUACCAUCGAGCUGGUCAAGAGAUUCCUCAAACAACUUGUGAAAGUCGACAAGGCUGUCCUGACCAGCGCCUCGGUGUUAUUCUUGACUUUGACUGCCGAGGAAGAUGGUGGCCCUGUGCAAACUAUUCAAGCCGCGGUUUACGAGCCCCGUGAUGUGCUGCCCGAAAGGCUCACUUACCCAUCGGUUUUCAAGGCCUACACCAGGCUCGGGCUUGCCAUAUUCGGGACACAGCUUCAGGACAAUUGA